CAAAUUUCAGUUAUGAUGUAAACAAAGAGAUUUAACAAUGGUGAAAGAAGGAGUAGACACAGGCGGUACCAGGGCCAACCAAGAUGGGACUGAAGAGAAAACUGAUCGACUCUCCGUCAUGGACAGUCACGGAUAUUCGCUAGGAAAGAUAAUCGGUACCGGAUCUUACGCUAUCGUGAAAGUAGCCAAGUCCCAAAGACAUAGCGACGAGGAAGUAGCCAUCAAGAUAGUCACAAAAACACGAGCACCGAAAGACUACCUUGUCAGGUUCUUGCCUAGGGAAAUCGAAGUUAUUAAAAGCUUAGAUCAUCCGAAUAUAGUAAAGUUCAUACAAGCUAUCGAAACUCCUCAGAGAGUGUUUAUUGUGAUAGAGUACGCAGAGAACGGUAGUUUACUGGACGUAAUCAAGAAGGAGUCCCGCAUCGAGGAGGAUCCGAGGGCCAGGAAGUGGUUUUGUCAGUUGAGGGACGCUGUCAACUACUGCCACGACGAGGGCGUCGUCCAUCGCGACAUCAAGUGUGAGAACCUGCUGCUGGACAAGAGCCACAACCUCAAAGUGACGGACUUCGGGUUCGCCCGAGGUCACAUGAAGCCCAAGAACGGAGGACUCCCAGUGUUGAGCGAGACGUUCUGUGGUAGCUACGCCUACGCCUCCCCCGAGAUACUGAAGGGGGUGGCCUACGACCCUAUGUUCUCAGAUGUGUGGUCCAUGGGCGUCGUGCUGUUUGCCAUGCUGUACGGCAAACUUCCCUACGACGACGGCAACUACAAGAGACUAGUCAAACUUGUCCAGGCGAAAGUCAAGUUCCCUGUCGAGCCGGAGAUUUCCAUACAGUGCAAGGCUUUGAUGGAAAAGCUCAUGUCCCCCAUCAAAACACGACCGUCAGUGAAACAAGUCAAGAAAGACCCUUGGGUUAGGAAGGACGAUAAAACAGAAUCAGUAUAGAUUUGAGUACGCUAUACUGUACUUGGUUCUGUGUGUUGGAAUCGAACAUUAUUUUUAUUUAAAAUACAUCGAGUUACAUUUGGCUAUCGUUGUCAAUGACUAACCCAAAGCUGUAAUUUUACUAACUGUAUAAAUAUAACUGCCACAAAAACACAAAACCACGA